UUUUUUCAGAGAUACUACACCAAAACCGAAACUCCGAUGUUGUUGGCAGUCGAGAACAGCUGAAUAGUUGUGUUUGGAGUUGGAAGUGCGGGAGUUGUAAAAUGUCCGCUUCGGUAGCAACGAAUCCGUCUACUUUGCUUCCAUUAGAACUUGUCGAUAAGUGUAUUGGUUCCAGAAUACACAUAAUAAUGAAGAAUGACAAGGAAAUAGUGGGCACGUUACUCGGAUUCGAUGACUUCGUUAACAUGUUACUUGAGGAUGUCACCGAAUAUGAGUCAACCCCAGAGGGAAGACGUAUUACAAAACUGGAUCAGAUUUUGCUUAACGGCAACAACAUAACCAUGCUUGUACCUGGUGGCGAUAUGCCUGACGCAUAGGACCAAGAGGACAACUGCACACUUGCUUUUUGUUGCCCCACAUGUGAAUUUGUAAAUAAUGGAGUUUUACAGUAAAUAUAUAAAUGAUGCAAAAGACAGGCUGUUUUAUGUUCUCCUGUGGUGUUGAUUUUGUGCUAGGAAUUAUUAAAUGUCGAUCACUUUGACUUCCAUAUAUGUUUUAUAAUAAAGAGAUAAUUUAGGAUGUGUUUCAGACUGAUCUAAAAGAUUGUGACAGACCACUGAAUAAAGUUUACUGUGUAUCUA